AUGGUGGCCGACGCCGAGUGGACCGCGAUCGACGCCACAAUCAUCCGGUGGUUCUUCACCACCAUCUUCAAGGACUUGUUCCACACGGUCGUGAGUGCCGGCGACGACGCCCGCGCCCUGUGGGUCAAGCUGAACGGCCUCUUCACCGACAACCAGCUUCAGCGCCGCGUUUUUUUGCAGCAGGAAUUUUUUGACUGUCACCAGGAUGAACAGUCCAUUGAUGACUACUACCGCCGUCUGAAGACGUUGGCGGACGUGCUCCGUGACAUUGGAGCCAAGGUGGAUGACGACCUCCUCCUCAGCACGCUCACCGCCGGCCUCAACGAGGACUUCGGCAACGCCGCCUCUAACCUGACCUUGAUGCCGGAGCCCUCCUUCCCCAAGUUUGUGGCGUACUUGAGGUUGGAGGAGCGCCGGAUGAAGGGGGUCAAGAAGCGUGUGCAGCACCACGCCCUCGCCGCCGGCACCUCCCGCGGUGCUCCUCCACCGACCCCCCACCCGCGCCGCGCCAGCAGCCGCCGCCACCAGCGCCUCCGGGGUACUUCCCCCUCCCGCCCGCGCCUCCGGGGUACUUCCCCCUCCCGCUGCCCCCCAGCAGCCGGGUGGCGGGCGCCGCGGCAACCGCCGCGGGGGCGGCCGCAAGCAGCAACAGGCGCCGGGGGGGGGGGGGGGGGCGUCAGCAGCAGCAUGUGA